CUGGUUCUGUGAACCCGGUACCAUCACGUCGCACGUUCACGUCGCCAAUGAUGCAAGUAUUGAAAGACAUCGAAGAAAUUCUAUUUAGCUACGUUUGAAACUUUCAGCUUGAAUUUAAAUCCAAGUACGAUGAUGGACAAAAUCAUUUUCACAUCUGUCGAGCCAAGCCUUCACAGUAGGGCAAUGAAACCUCAACGUACUAAGAUGAGAGCCAUAUCGGCAAUGGUUUUCCUGGCCUUAUGUGCCCUGCUGGUUAUAAUCUACCAGGCCGUACAGCAGGAGCUCAACAUCCGCACCCUGAAAACACGCAUUAUUGUUUCCGGUGAACAGGUGAAGUUGAAGGAGGAUGGGAUCAUGGCAGCCAAGGUGAAAGUGGAAGAGAUGAAUAAACAGCUAAAUCCUCUGAUCGCACAGAGGGAUCAACUCAAAAAGCAGAAGGACGAGCUUAAGAAAGGCAAUGCUGAUUCUGAAAAGGAGCUAGGCACCUGUAAUUCUGACAAGGGUAAAUUAGAGAAGACGAACAACGAAGCAAAAGAUGUACUUCAGAAACUAAAGGAAAGCCAAGAAGCUGAGAGGAAGAAAUCUGAGGAGGAGAUUGAGGGUCUGAAACGGCAGGUUCUGGAGAGAGAUUUAAGGAUCUGCAAAUAUGUGGAUGUUACAUUGGAUGAGCCAAAGAAGUUGUGCGCAGGUGCCAUCUGAAGGAUCUUCUGAACUCCAGUGGAGUGCUCAGGAAAAAUGGAACUGAAUGGAAUUGU